CACCGCGAUCUCAUCCUUCUUCGCCACCGCGAGUGUAACGCACAGUGCUAGCAGCACAAUGGCAGCUUUCACGAGCUGCUGUCUUUGUCGUGCCAUGUUCGCGUCUUCUCAAUGGUACCGUCUCGUCUCGUCUCGACACGGUCGCCUCGAGUGAAGUCGGAAGACGGGGCUCGCGUGCAUGACUAAUCCCGAAACUCUAACCCUCUGUGCCUGGCUUUACGUUUUGGAAUUUUUGUCCGUUGCAUCUAGAACUUCACCAUCUGACAGCAUUUCUCAACGAGACGAGAUCUCCGAGCAAGAUGGGACGAGAACUCCAAAAGAAGAAGAAUCGCUCUUCCCUCAACAAAGUCAAGCGCAAACCGAAGUCGAAGAAGCGCAUCCUCUCCAACUCCAUCAUCGCCGCAAACUGGGACAAAACACAGACGCUCACGCAAAACUACCGGAGAUUGGGUUUGGCGGCGAAGUUGAACAAGACCACGGGCGGGGUGGAGAAGACUGCGACUUCUUUGCAGAAAGAGCAGGAUGGAACAGGUGGACUUGCGAAUGGGCAGUUACAUGGACUCGUGAUUGGAGGUGGGUCGAGGAGGGCGGCGCAGACGAUGGAGGUGAAGGAAGUGGAGGUGGAGAGGGAUCCGAAGACGGGGAGGAUUCUGCGGGUUGUUGGUGCUGAGAGUGUCAAGGCGAACCCGCUUGGUGAUCCGCUCAAUGACCUUGAUUCGGACGAGGAAGACUCGGAGGGCGACGUGUACGAUCAGCACGGAGCUGCCCUGAGGCCGAGUGCGGAAGCCCGGUCCGAGGCAAGGACCACGGUGGUGAGAGAUUUGGAGCGAGAAGCGAGUCGGCCAGAGGCAAAGUACCGAAGACAUCAGAGUGAAGGGGAACGGGCGUUUGUCGAGGAGCUGGUGGAGAAGUAUGGCGAUGAUUAUGGGAAGAUGGCGAGGGAUAUGAAGAUCAACUAUAUGCAGAGGAGUGAAGGCGAUCUGAAACGGCGGGUCAAAAAGUGGAGGGAAAGCGGUGGCACGGUGGGCUGAGGAGUUUGGAUGAGUCUGGGGAAAGAGCCUCACGGGCAACACCAGCGCUGUGAUCGCUGGAGAGAGUUGCUUUGCUCGCAUUCCUCCAUCGCAAUGCUUCAGACCCGCCAACGAAUCGGCGAAAACGUACUCUGCAUGGAGGGAGGCUACAAAGUGGUUGGCAAGGCCUGAUGCCAAUAGGACGUCGAGACCAGACGGCCAUGUAUUGCCUCCAUCACUUGACGAGCAGA